AUGGCUGCUUCCCGACCCUUUAAUAACCAAGGCUAUCUCCAAAACGGCGGCAGCGCUUUGCCUCCUGGAGCUGCACCCCUUCUACCGAACCAGGGACGGGUUAUUCAGACCGGGCCGAUUCGAGUUCUUUGCAUUGCAGAUGUUCGAGGAAAUUUGAGAUCGCUGAACGAGCUCGCCAAGCAAGCACGCGCUGACCACAUCAUCCACACUGGUGAUUUUGGGUUUUACGACGAGACUUCGCUGGAUCGUAUCGCCGAAAAAACUCUCAAACAUGUCGCACAGUAUUCGCCCUUGAUCCCCGACCCGGUGAAGAAGGCUAUCCAACAGGGAGGAAAUGGUCCUGUCAAGACCCGAUUUCCCUCCAGUGACCUUCCUCUCUCCGAGCUUCCCCUGCUGCUAAGUGGUGAGGUGAAGCUUGAUGUUCCAGUCUAUACCGUUUGGGGUGCUUGCGAAGAUGUCCGUGUAUUGGAAAAGUUUCGAUCCUCGGAGUAUAAGGUGCCCAAUCUGCAUAUCAUUGACGAGGCCCGUUCGAUGCUGCUGGAGAUUGGUGGCGUGAAGCUCAGGCUCUUGGGACUCGGUGGCGCUGUGGUCAUGCACAAGCUGUUCGACAACGGCGAGGGUCGAACCACUAUUGCUGGCGGCCAGGGCACGAUGUGGACGACUUUGCUACAAAUGGGAGAGCUGGUAGACACCGCACACCGAGUCUACGACCCUACCGAAACCCGCAUCUUCAUCACACAUGCCUCUCCUGCCCGAGAAGGCAUUCUGAAUCAACUGUCUGUUGCCUUGAAAGCAGACUUCUCCAUCUCCGCUGGUCUGCAUUUCCGAUAUGGUAGUUCAUACAACGAGUUCAGCGUCAACCCGACUCUGGAUCACUACCGUGGAAAGCUGGCUGCUUCCAAGGCUUCUUUCAAUGAUGUCUGGGAGACGGUGAAGGGGGAAGUUGAGCCAGCCAUCGCGCAAAAUGAAGCUCAGCAAAACCUGCUCAAGAACGCACUGCAAAUUGUCGAAAAGAUGCCAACUACCGCAGCCGGUGGUAAUCCUUUUGGCGGCCCUGUCACCGGCCAAGCUGCUCUGGGUCAGGUCGACGAAAGUGCUUUCAAGAACAUGUGGAACUUCAAUCUUGCUGACGCUGCAUUCGGCUACCUGGUUCUGGAAAUUCAGGAUGGCCGCAUAGGCACCGAGAUGCGUGCGCAGGGCUUCAAUUUCUCGCACCGGGGUGCCAAGCAACAGCCAGGCUCUGCUCCUCCUUCUACUUCUACUACGGGUGCUAACCCCAGCACUCCUGCGCCUCUUACUACAUCUACCCAACCUGCUGCUUCUACUGGCAGGCAAGCACCUCCAGCUCAGCAGCCCAAGGGAGCAGCUGCUACAACUCCUUCAUCCGGGCCAGCCAAACCCGCCACACCGCAGCCAGCGCAGCCAGCGCAGCCAGCGCAGACGUCCAAAUCCGUUCCGAGCAAUAAAGACAGCGAAAAGUCCUCUCACGUCACAAAUGGAUCUACUAACGGCCCUGAACCGGCGUCUUCUCCUGCUCCUAAACCUUCUGCCUCCGACAUUGUUGGUCUGUUCAUAAUGAAUGUGAGCAGUGAAGAGCAGUGCCGCGAUUUGUUUGAUGAGGCAGACAGGAGCAAAAUUGCGAAGAUUGAGAAAUGGGGCAAUCAAAACAAGGUUGUCCAUUUCAAGACGGCUGAGGAUCGAGACAUGGCCAUGACUCGAUUACCCGACGAAAUAAAGACACGUACCCAAGAGGACCGAUCGAGACCUCUUGUCAAAGUUUUUCAACAUCGCGAGGGCAAGACUUUCAGCAACCGGGGCGGCGCAGGCACGUGGGGUGGUAAUGCUCGCGGUGGUGCCACUGGCAGCGGAUAUGGCAACAGCGACUCCGAGAGCAACCGACGCGUUGGACGCGGUGGACGCGGUGGACGUGGCAGUGACCGAGGUCGCGGUGGGCGAGGACGCGGUGGCUUAAAAGGUGACGCUGGUGCUUCAUCUCCAGCAGCAACCCCAUCGACACCCGCGGAAUAA